CGGCUUCCACACCGUGGUUUUCUUCUCGGUAUAAAAGCAAAGUUGUUUUUGAUAAUGUGGCAGUUUCCCACAAGCCAAGCUGAUCCUUCUCUGUCAGUCCACUUCACCAAGGUGAGUGUCCCUGCUCUCCCCCGCCAGACACAGCUCUGCUGGAGAAAGUGGCAGGGAGAUAGCAGUGGGGGGUCAGGAGCCCUCUGGUCCAGCUGGAAACACCUAGCCACUGUGAACUCCAGCCUGCCUCUGACAAGAACCCAAUGCCCAACCCCAGGCCAGCCAAGCCUGUGGCCUCUUCAUUGGCCCUUGGUACAUCCCCAGGAGUCUUACCAAGCUGGAAGACUACACCCAAGGGCUCAGAACUCCUAGGGAUCAGGGGUCCUGGGGGAACCUUCCAAGGCCGGGACCUGCGAGGUGGGGCCCACACUUCUUCCUUGAACCCCCUGCCACCAUCACAGCUGCAGCUGCCUACAGUACCCCUAGUCAUGGUAGCACCCUCCGGGGCCCGACUAGGCCCCUCGCCCCACUUGCAGGCACUUCUCCAGGACAGACCACACUUCAUGCAUCAGCUCUCCACUGUGGAUGCCCAUGCCCAGACCCCUGUGCUACAAGUGCGCCCACUGGACAACCCAGCUAUGAUCAGCCUCCCACCACCUUCUGCUGCCACUGGGGUCUUCUCCCUCAAGGCCCGGCCUGGCCUGCCACCUGGGAUCAAUGUAGCCAGUCUGGAGUGGGUGUCCAGGGAGCCGGCUCUACUCUGCACCUUCCCACGCUCGGGUACACCCAGGAAAGAAAACAACCUUUUGGCUGCACCGCAAGGAUCCUACCCACUGCUGGCCAACGGAGUCUGCAAGUGGCCUGGUUGUGAGAAGGUCUUCGAGGAGCCAGAAGAGUUUCUCAAGCACUGCCAAGCAGAUCACCUCCUGGAUGAGAAGGGCAAGGCGCAGUGCCUCCUCCAGAGAGAAGUGGUGCAGUCUCUGGAGCAGCAGCUGGAGCUGGAAAAGGAGAAGCUGGGUGCUAUGCAAGCCCACCUGGCCGGGAAGAUGGCACUGUCAAAGGCUCCAGCUAUGGCCUCCGUGGACAAGAGUUCUUGCUGCAUUGUAACUAGCAGCACCCAGGGCAGCGUUCUCCCAGCCUGGUCCAGUCCCCGGGAGGCUUCGGACAGCCUGUUUGCCGUGCGGAGGCACCUCUGGGGAAGCCAUGGAAACAGCACCUUUCCAGAAUUCUUCCACAACAUGGACUACUUCAAGUUCCAUAACAUGAGGCCCCCUUUCACCUAUGCCACCCUCAUCCGAUGGGCCAUCCUGGAAGCUCCAGAGAAGCAGAGGACACUCAAUGAAAUCUACCAUUGGUUCACACGCAUGUUCGCCUACUUCAGAAACCACCCGGCCACCUGGAAGAAUGCCAUCCGCCACAACCUGAGUUUGCACAAGUGCUUUGUGCGGGUGGAGAGUGAGAAGGGAGCGGUGUGGACCGUAGAUGAGUUUGAGUUUCGCAAGAAGAGGAGCCAACGCCCCAGCAAGUGCUCCAACCCUUGCCCUUGACCGCAGAACCAAGAAAAACAAAAGAUGGACAGGGGCCAAAAUAUGAAACAGAGGCAAGGAGGCAAGUCCUGGCCACAUCUACGGAGCCCAGGCAAUGAUGUUUCCACUGUCUUGCCUAUAGGGCCUCUGCUCCCUAACUAGCUGCCCUCCUGGAUCAUAACUUCUGACUUGAAGCCGAGGGACACCAAUCCCAGCCCAGCCCCUAUCCCCAACCUAUCCCCAAGAUGGGCUUUCCAGCCAAACAGCCCUCACACCCAGCUAUACAUACAGCCUGCCUUGGCCACCCUCAAGUGGGAAAAUGGCACAGACACACAGUCAUAAGCCUGUCCCCUGGACUCCACCCAAACCCUGCAACACAAAGAGCCUGCCUUGGUACAUUCAUCUGCCCCCAAAGUGCAUCGCCCUGCAGUCUCACAUGACUGCAAUCCUACUGACUCAUACCAAAGCACUCACCACAACAUCUGGAACCAUGGGCACCAUCACACAUAUGUAUACGUACAGAUCCUUGCAUAACAGCAGCCCUGGAACCUUCAAGAUUGCAUCCCAGAAAAGCAUAUGGGCAUAACUGAUCAUACAGUCUCGUGCCAUGCCCCAAAAUAGCAAGUCAGACACAGCUUGUCGGAACUCACACACACACACACACACACACACACACACACACACACACACACACACAGCUCCCUCCCCUGUUAUCUCCUGAGUUCUAUGAAUACACACUGACUCACCAAAAUUUAGCCCAUGUCUCAUUUGCCACUGACCCCGGUCCCCUACCCCAAGCCCCAAUCCAUGCCUCAGCGUGGACCAUAGAAGAGCUUCUCUUUUAUUUGGGAUCCAAGACCCCUUGGUCCCCAGUACCCAUCCAAUAAACUGUGGUCAAGCUAGAUAACCCCGGAUCAAAGAUGGGACCAGAUAAGCAGGCAUCUGGGGUUCAAAUCCCAGCAGGAGAAAGCAGGGGCCAAAACACAGGAAGUGCUAGAAGAACUACUUUGGCAUUGUCUCCAGCACCCCCAAAUCCUGCCUGUGGCUAGGACACUUCCAUUAGGGCUCUAGGCCUCCCGGACCCGGCUCAAGAGGCUAGCAUUCUCCUGGCGAAGGGCUCGGUAAUCCUCACAGAUCUUCUCCAAGUUGCUCAGAGUCUUCUUGCCCAUCUCUGUCUCGAUCUAAGACAACAUGAUACACACAUCUUCAGCAUGCAUGGCUAAUUUUCCAGCCCCUGCUCACCGCCCCUCUACUGUGCUAGUCUCUACUCCUCCCAUCCCUGUAACAGUGGCCUGCCCCUUCCCACCACCAGGUCUCUGUGUAUGUCCUUCCCUCCACCUAAAGCCAUAGCUUUCGCCAUGGGCUCUGGGAGGCAGGCGUGAGAAACCUCAAGCUAGAAGCCAGGGCUCAGAGUAGACUAGUUCCAGGUCCCGGGCACAGCCUCUAGCUGGAAGAUGUCUGGUUUCACAGACUCUCAAUGUAAAACAAGGAGCUAUCCCCUGGCCUGCCUCCAUUCCCUUUCCUAUUCCCAGAUCUCACCUGCUCCUCCAGGUCUCGAAUUUCCCUCAUGAUGGUGCCUGUGUCCUCAAUGGUCUGGAUGAGCUGGCUGCAAUUCUGGAAACGACAAGAAUUUAAGGCUUGCACCUGUGCUAGCCCUCUACAGCCAGCCCACCAGGCCCAUGCUCCCUCACCUCAUGCAGGGCAGCUAGAUAUUUGUAAGCUUUCCGAACAGCAUCAUCCUUCUUGGCGUCCUGAAAAGACAGAAGGGACCGCAAACCCAUCAGCAAGCCAUUCCGGCUGUUUCCACUACUCCUUCCCCUACAGAGCCGCCCUACACUACCACCUUCCACAGAACAAAGCUAGACCCAAGCAACAGGCAACAGCCCAGUCCCACCCUCCCCUCCCCAGGCCAGUCUGCUCCAUACCUUGAACACCAGUUCGUCAGUCACUGCAAAUGUCCGGUCCAGCUUCCCAGAGAGAGAGUUGAUUUCCUUUUGAAGUUCCUUUGUGUCCGACAAGAUCUGCCAGAAACCAAGGAAGCCAUCACGUCUGGGGCAUGGUGGCUGGCCAGUGAUGGUACUCACGUGCCUGCACUUACAUCCAAUCAGGGCCUAUGUCACUGUGUUGGGGUGGCUGGGGUAGACUGUAUGUGUCUAUUGUAUGUUGGAGUAUGCCUAAACAGCUCUAUGAGAGACCAUAAAGUCCCCGUGUAACUACCCUA